CAGAAGUGUAGGGGUCAAAGAUUGUUCUCUUCUUUGGGACAGGAAUCAACACGUCUCUCGGCUGUUCACAGUGUGGAAUUGCGAGUAACGGAUCCAAGAUGACAGAGAUUUUAAGAAUUUUGGUUUCGGCAUUCCUUAUCGUCCCAACAUUAACCGAAUAUACAUUUCCUGAUUAUAAAGAUCACCCAUGUGUAAGAGAUUGCAAGGAUAACGAGGCACCCAGGACGUGUGAGUACAACUUCACCAUCGAGUGGUACCACACGAUAACCGUUCACUGUCGGGACUGUCCGUUCAAUAGGACCGACUGCUUCAGGCCGAACUGCGUUCCUGCCGAAGGCACGCCAAGGGCAAUUCUGACCGUAAACAGACAUCUGCCAGGACCAGCUAUCCAGGUUUGUGAAGGAGACCACAUUCAGGUGAAGGUUUUCAAUCACCCAGACAUGUCCGAAGGCGUGAGCUUACACUGGCACGGUAUCCACCAGAAAGGGACCCAGUACAACGACGGUGCAGAAAUGAUCACUCAGUGUCCCAUAACACCAUUCUCUUCAUUUCAAUAUCGAUUUGUUGCCGACAAUCCAGGGACUCAUUUCUGGCACUCACAUGCCGGACUUCAAAGGGCUGACGGCUUAUUCGGGGCUCUAGUUGUUCGGCAGUCUCCGUCAAAAGAGCCUCACUUUGAUAAAUAUGAUAAUGACUUGCCUGAUCACGUGAUCGUAGUGAACGAAUGGUUCGUCAAUCCUACCAUAAACCGGUAUGCGGCGCACGUGCACGGCGGAGAAAAGGUCAUAAAAGACAAGUCACUCCUGAUCAAUGGUCAAGGCGUUUACCGGAAGUUCAAAGAAACCAAACAAGCGCAAGAAACGUUUUACACACCAAGAGCUGUCUUUUCCGUCCGGCAUGGGGAGUCUUAUCGCUUCCGGGUCAUUGAUAAUGGCGUCUCUGCCUGUCCAAUUACCGUCUCGGUCUCCGGACACGUGUUGUCGAUAAUCGCGUCGGACGGAAAUCCUUUUGAGCCUUUGGAAGUGGACGCCUUCAUGAUGGCUGCUGGGGAGAGAUUUGACUUCAUUCUGACGGCGAAUAGAGACGUGGGUAACUAUUGGCUGAUGGUUCAAGAAGUACCGGACUGCGGGGAAGGGGAAAGGAAACGACUUCCACAGCAGCUGGCAAUUGUUAGAUAUAUUGGGGCAUCGGAAAAUGAACCCACCGAACCACCAACAAAUGUCACUACUGGAAAGUGGCUCAACUCAUGGAAUGCAGAAUCCUCCGAUCUACGUCAGCCCAUCGUCAGCGUCAAUUCCACGGAUAAACUCGAGCCCGGUUUCGAACGUUCUCCAGAUCACACAUUUUACCUUGCUCUUGACACCCGGAUUUUGGACGAUCUGCUCGUGCACAGCCCCCAGACACAUCCGGUCUACGCAUUUGAACGACGAGGGGUCUUUUACGCCCCACAAAUCAACAAAAUAACCUUGAUGAAUCCACCAAGUCCACUUUUAUUUCAACACCAAGACGUUCCACAGGAUCUAUUUUGUGACACGGAAUCCGUGGCGGUAAACUGUUCCACAGAGUAUUGUAUCUGCGUCCAUCGGUUACAUGUUGCCAUUGGUGAUCUUGUGGAACUAGUUGUUGUGGACGAAGGAACUCACUUGAACAUUAACCAUCCUAUGCACCUUCAUGGACAUUCCUUCAGAGUGCUCGCGUUGAAACAGGUAAAUAUUUCCACAACAAUGGAGGCUGUAAAGCGCCUUGAUGCGGAAGGAUACAUUCAUCGUAACUAUGACAACCCCGUUCAGAAGGACACUAUCCUCGUCCCAGACGGUGGGUAUGCCGUCUUGCGCUUCGUGGCGGAUAACCCAGGUUUCUGGUUGUUUCAUUGUCACGUUCAGUUCCACGCUCAGACCAGUAUGGGUCUGGUAAUCCAGGUUGGUAACGAUGAAGACAUGCCGCGCAGGCCAAAGAACUACCCAAAAUGCAGCAGCUGGACAUUCAGCGGAUAUGACGAAGACCAAAAUAAAUCCGGUCAACGCACAUGUCCGAGCAACGGUUCUAGCCUGCAACCUAUAGGAAUUUUCACGCUUUGGUUUUACUUUUGCAUUGGUUAUGAAGUAAUUUAGCUACCUUGAUCUACUUUCAACCUAAGAAUGGAAGUAUUUACCACGAAUUGAAUCAAAUAAAUAAUCCAGUGGAGCUCAUCGUUGUUUUUAUCUAUGUUCCAGUGCCACAAAGUUGGCCAUGUUGGGGAGAUGAAGAUGUAACUUAUGUGACAUGAAGUGAGAAAUGGUGAGUUUUGCUCACAAGAAAGUUCUGUUCGUAUGAUUUGUCCUUUUCACAGGAAUUGUCAUUCUUCACAGACAAGUUUGCUACAUCCGAUUUCGAAGUUGUCUCUUAUCGCAUUUCUAUCUGCGUGACUUUACAGGGCCCGGUUGUUCAAAACUGGUUUAAGACUUAAUACCAGAUUUAAAUUUAAGCAUACAUUUAGCUCAACAUUGUCAAAAUUGACCACCACAUCGAUAAAUCAUUGCAGUCUUGUCCUCCAGGCAGAGUAUAUAUUAUGUGCGCCAGGUGAUAAAAUCAAUAAUACGUACGGGUACGGGGCGGUAGGCCUGUUGUAUUGAUCAGUCGACGAAGUACAACUCAGUUGGCCUAAUUGACUUCAUCCAGCCGAUGAAAAUACACUCAUCGGUGAUUUUAUACAUUAAUGUCGGCCAUCAGUGUUACCACAGUCACUUUAAUAUGAUAUUAAUAACCUAAUCCAGGCUUGGUAUGGCUUAAUUAAGAAUUUAUCGCACUUUGGAUAUGAUAGGGAUGUCAACAUCAAUAAACCAAUAAAACAGUGAUAAAUUGUUCACCAGUUUAUUACAUAGCACAACAAUGUGUGUUGUGUAUAGAAACUCUUUAUGUGGUCAACUUAGUCGUGUCCACGCUAUUAUUCCACAUAUGUGACCGUAAGUAUAGUAGCCUUCUAUAACCAUUCCAUUCACGUUGGGAAUGCUGUAACUAAUAAAACUAAUAACCGGAAGGUAAUUCCAUGCAGUUAAUGUUAGUCACUUCUGGAUCCGUAUAUCUUGGUUGAGCACCAAGCUGAGUUACCAGUUAACUUGGUUAAUGGUCCAGUAGAGAAUGGUAAAGAAUGGUCCAGUCCUUUCUAUUUAUUGGUACCAAAACUGGGUAUAUCUUUGCACAUUACCUUCAUGGGUCACUCCGAGUCCGGUCACUUGUCGUUUGAAUGUCUCACUUUUUAUACUGUAAUGAUCGAAAGUGUUGCGUUACCAAAUAAUGAUGCAGUAGGCCUACACUCCCUGAUUGGGUGAGUUGGGAUAUAAGAAGGUCUCUGAUUGGUCAAGUCAUGAUUCUCAGAGCAAGAUGGCGGAGAGUCAUCGCAAUGUGAAAUAUUGGCAGGGAUGAGUAACUUGCACAGUAGUUAUCGAUCUUUCAACCAUGCGUUUUGUUAAAUCGGCCAUCUAAUUUAACACAAGGAAGCUCCCUGUAGCUUCCGAGUUUGUUGUAAGUUACCCAGCGUUGUAAAACGACAUUUAAUUAUGCCUCGAGUGUCUCUCGUGGGAUGGUGAUUCUUUACUCAUACAUUUCUUCGUCAAUCUCUUCCAAUUUCGUUACAAUACCAUAUCAUGAGUAAAUGUUGCACUAUUCUUAAUGUCUUGCUGUCUUAGUACUUGUAGAAUAAAGUGAAUUCUUUGAUGCAUUAUACUAUAAGCGUGUUGGAUUGAGCGGAGAGAACAUCCGUUGUGUAAACAAAAGGAAAACCUGUCAACGUAGAGUAUAUAUUAUGUGCGCUUCUAUAAUGGUGGAUGUCGAGUUUCCAGGUGAUAAAAUCAAACAAUAUACCAUAUCAUAAGCAAACGUUGCACAACGGACUGCUUACAUCAGACUCACCAUACACACCGAAACUCCUAAUGAUUGUAAAUGGAGUGUGUUCUCCAGGAGACCAAACCGUCUCGCUCUUCAGUCAGUGUGGUAUGUAACACAGACUCAUCGA